GGGGCUGGCGGCCGCACGCGCCGUGGCCGGGGCAAGAUGGCGGCGCGCAGCGGGCUGGAGGCCGCGCUGAGGGUGGCGGGCGCUGCCGCCGCGCGGCCCGAGCAGUUCCUGAGUGUACAAGAUGGGCUGGCUGCUGAGUUCAGAGCGUUAACAAAGACUCUAUACGAUUUAAAUAAAGCUCUGGGAAGCAAUAUAGUUCGUGGGAGCCCUCUAAAAGAGCUGGUGAUAGAAAAUUUUGAUGAAGAACAGAUUUGGCAACAACUAGAGCUCCAGAAUAAUGCAAUUCUUGAUUUCUUCAAGAAAUCCAUUGCAAGGGAUGCCAACGAUAAAGAUCUUUGCCUUGUCUCAGACCGGGAAGAUGAUGGCUCUGAUGCAGAGGCUAGCAGUGAUAAUGAAUUGGAAGACAUAAUGGAAGCAGAAACUGAACAGGAGAAUGUUUCUACAAAACAAGAAACUAAAGCUAAAGAAAAGCAAAGUAAACCCAAAGAAACCAUAACGCAGAAGUACAGUGAUGAGGAUUCUGAUGUUGACUUUGAUAUUGAUGCACUAGAAGAACAAACUAAAAUAGCAAAGGAAACAACGCUGAAAAAAAAAGGAAGGAAAUCUGUAGUGGAUGACAAGUUUUUCAAGCUGGCUGAGAUGGAAGCUUUUUUAGAACAUGCAGAGAAGGAAAAUAGGGAGAGGGAGGAGGAGGAGGAAGACGAUAUCAAUUACUUUGAAGACAUCAUCUCGGAUGAUGAGGAAGAGGAACCUGAAGAAACCAAAGUCAAAUCAAUUAAAAGUUCUAGAGACCUGACGUACAAAGACUUCUUUGAUCCUGUUGAUGACAAUGAUGACUUAGUAGCUAAUGGUGUUGAAGAUGAUCAGGAAGAGGAAGUAGACAGUGCUAUUGAAAAGGAGAAUGAAGAAAACAUGUCUGAGGUGGAGGAUAUUAAUGAGAUGAUGGAAAAUGUGAGAGGUAAAAAGGCCUCUUCAAAAGUUACUUUUAGAUUGCCAGACGAUAGUGAAACUGAAGAUGGUACUGACAUGCAAUUAGAGAAGAGCAUUGAUCCCGGUGAAAUAAAGUCAUCUUUUGAAAAGAGACAGGAAAAGAUGAGUGAAAAAAUAAAAAGUUUAGAAGAAGAGUUGUUAGAAGAGAAACCUUGGCAGCUUAAAGGAGAAGUGACUGGACAAAAAAGACCGGAAAAUAGCCUUUUGGAGGAAACAAUACUCUUUGAUCAUGCAGUCCGAAUGGCUCCUGUGAUCACAGAAGAAACUACUUUUCAGCUUGAAGAUAUCAUUAAACAGAGAAUAUUGGAUGAGGCAUGGGACGAUGUAGAACCGAAAGAAAAACCAAAAGAGGAUGCCUUUGAAUACAAGAAGCGUAUCACUUUGGACCAUGAAAAAAGUAAACUGAGUCUUGCUGAGAUCUAUGAGCAAGAAUACUUGAAACUUCACCAGCAAAAAACUGAAGAGGAAGAAAAUCCUGAACACAAAGAAAUUCAGGAAAUGAUGGAUUUGCUCUUCCUGCAACUGGAUGCGCUUUGUAAUUUCCACUUCACACCCAAACCACCUGUGCCAGAAGUGAAAAUAGUUUCAAACCUGCCAGCUAUCACUAUGGAAGAAGUAGCACCUGUUGCUGUUAGUGAUGCUGCUCUCUUAGCACCAGAGGAGAUCAAGGAAAAGAACAAAGCUGGUGAUGUAAAAACAGAUGCAGAAAAGACUUCCACAGACAAAAAACGAGAGCGAAGAAAGAAAAAGCUUCGUAAACGUAUAAAGCUAAGGGAAAAAGAGAAACGUCAAAAGCUUCUUGAAAAGACAAAACCGGAGCAAGGCAUAAAACUCAGCAAAAAAGCUGCUGCAGCAAAAUUGAAAAAGCUUACAAAAGAAGGCAAAGCAACUCUGCUCAAGGAUGAAGGAAAAGACAAGGCCUUGAAAUCAUCCCAAGCCUUCUUUUCUCAGUUACAAGACCAAGUGAAAAUGCAAGUCAAAGAUGCAAACAAAUUAAAGAAGAAACAAAAGAAGCAGAAAGAAGUCUCUGUCCAUAAACUUAAAUUGUAAUUUAAGUUUUAAUACAUGCUCUGUCUUGUAUAUAUUAGAAUGUUUCUAUUUUAAUGCUGCAUUGGAAUAAAUGCUGGGUUUUAUACAUCAUUAAAAUGUUCUGUGAACCUC